CUCGCGGCCGGUUGAGGCUGUGCUGGGUAGGUGGGCGCAGACGGAGCGACUACGGGUCGGGGCUGGGCUCAGCGCGCUGCGAACAAAGGAGUCUGCGGCGGUUCCCGGCUCCGCGGAAGACCCAAGCUUCGCGGGACUCUGAGGCUCCGCGGCUCCGGCUCGGCUUCGCCUCGGCUCCACCGCGGGCGCCGCGGCACCUGCCGCCCAGUGCUGCCCGGGGAGCCCGUCCCGCCCGGGGCUCAUGAUGGGGCUGAUCUUCGCUAAAUUGUGGAGCCUUUUCUGUAACCAAGAGCACAAAGUAAUCAUUGUGGGACUGGAUAAUGCAGGGAAAACCACCAUUCUUUAUCAGUUCUUAAUGAAUGAAGUAGUUCAUACUUCUCCAACCAUAGGAAGCAAUGUUGAAGAAAUAGUUGUGAAGAACACUCAUUUUCUUAUGUGGGAUAUUGGUGGUCAAGAGUCCCUGCGGUCAUCCUGGAACACCUAUUAUUCAAACACAGAGUUCAUCAUUCUUGUUGUCGAUAGCAUUGACAGGGAACGACUGGCUAUCACAAAAGAAGAAUUAUACAGAAUGUUGGCUCAUGAGGAUUUAAGGAAAGCUGCAGUUCUCAUCUUUGCAAAUAAACAGGAUAUGAAAGGGUGCAUGACGGCAGCAGAAAUCUCCAAAUACCUCACCCUUAGUUCAAUUAAGGACCACCCGUGGCACAUCCAGUCAUGCUGUGCACUAACAGGAGAAGGGUUAUGCCAAGGUCUAGAGUGGAUGACCUCCAGGAUUGGUGUGAGAUAAUUUUUUGCUUGAAAAAGACUUCUCUAUUUAUUCCGUGACACGAACAUUUUUCCUAAUACCUUUGGCUGCUGAGGCAGCAGCAUGUUUAAUUUAUAACAACACAAACCUCUGAGCAACACUUGAAUCAAGUGCCGCUGUACUGGAACAUAAAGAUGUUUUCUUCCCUUUGUUUCAGAUGCACUAAUCUUCAGUCGGAUGAACAUAAUGUGUAACUAACGAUGUUUGCAGCAACAGAACUCUUCUGACUGCUUAUUCUAAUUAUUAGUGACUGCCUUGUAAACACUGUUUGUCAUAUAUUUCAUGUUAUCUGAAAUAUUGUUAUGUCCUUUACAUCCCGUUUCUUUUACUUCUUGGCCACUGCUCCCUUCUUCCCAGGUUCUUAGUGGUUUGACAGAGCAGUAGUAGGAAUCGUCAUGUACUACUUCUUCAGUGCUAAACAUUUGUUCUCUUCAAACCCUUUUUAUCUUUGGACAGGUUAAUUACAAUGAUGAAAUUACCUAGAAGCUGUGUGUGUGCGCGCGUGUGUGUGUGUGUGUGUGUGUGUGCGUGCAAGAGUAAACAUCAUGAAUACUUGCCUUUAAAUUUCCUUCAUUGCAUAUCAUAGUUUAAUUUUAAGUUGCUCUUUGCAUGGGAAUUAAGUAGUCCAUCUAUUUAUGUAAGGAACUAAGUUCACUUUUCUGCCAACAAUAUUUGGUUAAAAACACUUGGUGAAGCAUGAAUUUGAAAGCCAGCUUCAAUGGGAAAUAUUAUUGGCUCCAUUUGAUAGCUUAAGAUUUUCACUGUGUAUAUAACUAUCAGAAUUUAGUAAAACUCACCAACAUGAAAUUAAGCUAGGACAUUUGGAAUAUGUUUUUCUAUCAGUUUGCUACCUGUUUUAUUGUCAGCAAAAACUUCAGCUAUUUUGUCAGAGAUACCAUACCUGCUUUGGGCAGCAGCCAAAGUGUGAACAAUCCUUUUUAUUUCUUGGGUUUGCAGUAGUAUCUGUCAGAGCAUCUUUAUCACCAGCAGUGUGUUACUGAAAGGCAAAAUAACAUGGCUUGUCUUUAAAUCUGGCUGAGGGUGAUGUGAAAGAGGCUUCAGACAGUUGCUGUCUCACAUACUCUCUCUCUCUCUCUCUCUCUCUCUCUCUCUCUCUCUCUCUCUCUCUCUCUCUCUCUCUCUCUCUCUCUCUCUGUAGGUAGACUUUGUGUCCUAAAAUCUUCUAGGGUACUGCUGAAUCUAACCCUAGCUUUUAGAAUAUUCCUAUAAGACUCAAUGCUCAUAUUCUUUCUUGUUUGGUUGUUUUUUUGAGACAUGGUUUCUUUAAGGAAUCCUUGGCCUGGAACUCACUAGGUCGACCAGGCUGUCAUAUACUUAGCAACACAAAUGCUUUUAUUGACUACAAAAAUGGAGGAAAAGGGCCUAAUGCAUCAGGCUUGCUGGGUGGUGUUAACGGUUCCCAAGGCAGUUGUCUAAGGUGGAAGUAAGAGUGAACCCUUAAGAAAAAAGGGGACAAGUGUUGUCAUUACCCGUCUCUUUCACGGGUGUCAUUUGCUGUAUGAAAGGGAUAUAAUGUGUACUUAGGGACAGUUCCUCAUUUGCAGUAUUUUUUAUUUGGAUCAAAAUAAGCUUUAGUAUUCAUAAAUACCUGUUCGAAAUUGGUAUUUUAAUUUCAGAUUUUUUGUAUGUAAGUUGCCUUAAACUUUGCUCUCUUUUCAGGUGUACUCGUUUGUUUUAUUUAGUUAAUUUAGUUGAACCUGAUGAUGUUUUUAUUUAGUGUUUGCACCCUUGAUCUGAGAAAGUGGCCAGAGGAAAAGUAUUCUGGGCUGUGGGAAAUCGUUUAAACUUUGAAUCUUUUUCUUAGUGAUUCUAUGCCAAGUAGAGGGUAAGUUUAAUUUUCUUGUGUGUUUUAAAUAUAACUCAUAAUCAAAGGUGAGAGAGAAAAGCAGAUAUAAAUCAGUGUGGAUGGUGUUUGUUGGGUGGGGAGUGGGAACUAAGAAAAUACUAAUUACCUAAAGCACACUUUGCCUGAACUUUACUUCGUUAUAUUGUUUACCAUAAAUAUAAAAAAAUUCUCAUAAAUCUGUCUUGAGAUAAAACAUAUUUAAUGCCCCAGUAUUUCUUCUUAUGAAAUAAUUAUUUGCCUCCUUAUAUCUGAUAAGAUUGGCUGGUUCAAUUUUCUUCUAUCAGAUAAUAUGGUUAUUUUUAUAUUACCACAUCAGCAUUAUAUUGAAAGUGUUUUUAAUAGUUGAUUAUAUUUUGUCAAACAGCUACUAGUAUAGAUGCAGAUUUGCUAUUGAAUUGUGAAAAGUACAGUUUAUUUUACUUCUACACCCUUUUUUAAAAGCAUAUGAUUAGUUUGGAUUAGAAGCAACGUCUGUUAGGCAUCUCAAUAUGAAAUCAGUAUUCAAGUAGACAUUGUGCCAUUGAUUAGGAUAGGGUUCAUUAAAAAGUUAGAGGCUUUUGUCAGUCUUUUGGUUUACAGCAGCCCGAAACUAGUUAUCUUUUACUCCAAGAGAAUGUUUGGACCCAAACAAGUAUAUGAUGCUAAAGCAUUUGACUUGAAUGGUCACUGUAAAAUCAAAUGGCCGUAAAAUAUUAUUUGCUGAAAAAAUGUAAAAUUGUGAUGGUGCCUUUGUUGUUUUGAGAUGAGUUCUCAGUUUUUUACAUUAUUCUUUAGAGGUCACAUUAACAGCUGAUGAGAUGGAGGGGAGUGAUUUGUAUCUCACAUUCUCCUUUGUCUCCACAUGUUAAUUUCAGAAAUUAAUCUUGUAUUUUUAAUUCAAAAAUGAAGAAAUUAAGCUUAUAUGAAAUCUAUUCAAUAUGUUAGUUAAAAAUGCAAAAAAAAAAAAAAGAAAGAAAAGGAAAAAAGAGAAAAAAAACCUACCCUUGCGAAUCAAGUGUGCCAUUUUCUGCCCUGAGCACAUGUGGGAAUCACUGUUGAAGUAGCACUCGCUUCUGUAAGGGAAUGCACUAAGUGUUUUUAUUGUUAAUGUGAUUUAAUUUCUUAAAACUGGAAAUAUUAAUAUAUAUAUAUAAUCUAUUGAAAACUGAGGAUUGAAUAUAUAACAUAUGCUUUUAGGUUCUUGUGUUAACAUUCUUAAAGGGAUAGUACUUUUAUUCCAUAUUCACUAGAGAAACAGUAUGUACAUUUCAUUCUUUUAAAAACAGAUUUAAAUAACUCCCAUAGUAAAAGCUCCUGCCUCUGCAUCCCCAGUGCCAGGAUUGCCAUAGGUAUUUAAUUAAAUGUAAUUUAACUUUCAUUGUAGCAUAGAGAGAAACCAGUUAUUUUCCUGUGGGAACAAUGAAGGGUACAGACAAUGCUAAAAACAAUAGUCUUUGAUGCUGGCAAGUCUGGCCAUGAAGAAAUUUUUGAAGAAGAUAAAACUUUUUAAGUCUUUGAUGUUGUAUCUCAGAACAAAUUCUAAGCAGAAUUAUUUCCAAGGGCAUUCAUUUAAUCCUUCACUGUGUAAAGCAUACAUUAGCAAGCAAACAGGGGUUUUCCUCUCCAUGAUGGAGUUUUAUUGGCACUUAUCUCUAGAGGCCAACUUUAUGGGUUAACUUUUUAUCUGUGGCCCUGGAACAAGAUCCUCACACACCUAAACUUUAGUUUUAAAGGUCCUUUAAUCUUCUGUCAGUGGGUCACCUCAAGAUAUAUCUUCCUGUCCUGUAUCUAGCCAAACAUUGCACUGGCUGUCUAAAGAAGUGGAUUCUGAUCCCAAUCUGCCCAUUUAUCAUGUGUCUAGUUGACCUAAGCCACUCUUGUUCGUGGCCUUCUUUUUAUUCUUCCCAAACUGAAGAGCCUUUAAGGAAGCUAAGUCUCAGCUAUGUAUUCUGUUUUUAAUAUUCUAAAGCCUUACAUACUAUUACUAUUUUUUUAAAUCUAAAAUAAUGGAGAAAUGCUUGUAGUAUCACAUUUAAGUCGUUUUAUUUUUUGUUUGAUUCCCCCUCCCAGUAUCACUUCCUCUAGUAUGUGUAUACAAUCAGGUAGGAACAAAGUAUAACUUAAUAACGCUCCUUCAGCUUAAACUGAACUUCUAGCUAAUGACAAUGCAAAAGAGAAGCCAUAUUCAUCAGAAAAUGGCAUUGGGUUACUUAGAAAUAGCACCCGUGUGUGUUGGAUACCCUCUUAUAGAGAACAUACCUUAUUUUUCUGCCUUUGCUGACUCGAUGGAAGUGGUUAGCUUGUUCUGUUUGUUUCCUUAAGGCAUCCCAAACACUUUCCAGUACUGAAAGAGUAGCAUGGACCAGGGCAUCAGUAUGUUACAGACUUAAGUCCUCUUAAGUGUGAAAAUGGCUGAUGUUUAAGGUCAGCAGUUUUCACUGUCAUCUCAUCUCUAUUCAUUUAAUAUUAGUGUGAAGACUGAAACCCAAGAGCCAGGCUUUAAAAGAAAGGUAUAUUUUAAGAAUAGAGUCCAAUAGAAAGGGGGAAGGAGUUCUAUUAUUUCAUUUUAAAGUACGAAAAAAAGUGUUCAGUUGGACCUAAAAUCACCUUUAUAUUUGGUGAAAUGCUUAAAUGUUUAUUUGGAAGCUUAGAAGUAUUCCUAGAAACAAAUUCAAAAUUAGAUGAACUUGGUGUAGUAAAAUCAUCUAAAAUUAGGUAAGAGAAUAUGGAUGCAAGAGUAUGGAUUUUUCCCCCUUUUUUUGCAUUUAAUUCUGGCAACAUGGGAGAAGUAGAUACUCUACAUUGUAUUUACCAUGGCUGGAAAGCCUGAGACUGGCUAGCAUUCUGGCUUAGAAUCUGGAACUUUAAUCACACAGAGGCAUCUUGAUUUUUUUUUUAAAACUAAUUCUCUGCAUUUUCUCCUGGAGUGGAGAAAUAUAAUAUGUGCUGUUUGUAGACUGAAUAUAGCAAAUGAAAUUUCUAAAAGAAUGAAAAUGUUUUCUUGCACAACUUACCAAAUUUUAAUUUUAAUAAUUACCUCAUUUUUUAGUUCUCAAGGUGCUUUAAGUGUCUGGGAUGUUGUACAGUGCCAUAAAUCCCCCUUCACCCAAAUGGCUUUGAAUAUGCAGGACUCCCAGCUGAAGCAAGUGCUAGGUGGGGCUAUGGUUUUGUUCUUUGUUUCUCAGCAGCAGGGUGAACAGGUAUCCUUUUAGUCAGUGCACUUGAGCAAGCACUCAGACAAUAAUUAGUUAAGGAAAGUCCUGUAAUUUGAUCAGUGAUGAUAGACUAUGACUAUCAGUGUGCUAGGACAGCAAAUGAUUUGAUCCCAGUAGUUCAUGAUUUAUUGGCAUGUUUUAGCUGUAGUAAUGAGAAACUAAUCAUUUUCACAUAAAUUUUCCCUCAGGAAAUUCAGGAACUCUGAGGCCCCUGUGGAUUCUCUUGGAGUAAACUUUCAGUCUAGUCAUGAACAUUUGUCAUCUUGGUUUUGAAAAAAGUUUAGCUGCUGUUUCAUUGAAAUUGUGAAAUAAAAUGAUGGCUAUGGCCUUUCCAAUUAUGAGAUAGUUUUCUAUUUCCCCAUUCUCGACUGUUCCACAGAAUGUAGUUUAAAAUAAGGAAAGCAAAUUCCUGGCAGUUAUAGCCUUGCUGUUCCGUUUAUUCUAAAGGGAGUGUAAUGGUUGUAAUUACACAUUGUCAUCUUCACACAUAACUUGGUGCUUUAUAAUAUUAAAGAGAAAGUAAACCCUGUACUCAUUAUACUUCUAGCUCAGAUUGUAAAACUCUUUAAAUGUACAUGUAUGUUCAUUUCAUAAGAAUUAAAUAUAAAUUGCUAUUGGUUACAUCUCAGGCUUUGUGCAAGUGUUCUGACAAUAUCUUUACCAAGCAGUCCAGUUCAAUAGAAGAUAUUAUUAAUAAGAUCAAGGUAGGAUCCCAUCUCUUUGUGGACAGUCUGGUGUUUAUACAAGAGGAAACAAUGUUGUCCAUACCACACACUGCUUCUGAACCCUCAACAAGCAACUGAAAUCUGUGCCAUUGCUCUCAUACUUAAGUGAUAACCAAGAAAAUGUAAAAGCAAAUGCCAAAUGCAUUUCACACUGUCACGCCCCACAAAUGGUUCCAAGCUUGUUUGAUUGUGAGGUUGUUGAAAAGACAUGGGUUUUGGAUUUUAAUACUUUUCACUAUCAUGAAAUGCUUCUUUUAUAUGUUAGGUCAUGCUCAUGAUUUUUUAUUUCUGCAAUUAUGUUCUAAUGAAUUGUGUGCAUGCCGACUUACCCAAGUAAAAAGAUGCAGUUUGCUCUGGAAUGUUAAUCUUUAGACAGGUUUUUGGCUCAUUUGCAAUCAUGGUGCAAUAUAGCAUAACAUCCAUUUGUUUUCAGUCCACAGUUUUAUUUUUGUCAUAAUAAAUACUUUUCCAAUAUCAA